UUUUUUUUUUUUUUAAGGUCAGGUGGUUGAACAGUGGAGCCGCCAGAGGAUAUUUGAAAAUAACAUUUCCUUAAAAAAUUAAAAAAAAAAAAAAAAAAAAAAAGAAGAUAUAUUCUAUAUUUUAUUCGAUAUAUAAAAAAAGACGAAGAUGUCGGGACAGAGCAUAACGGACAGGAUAACUGCAGCUCAACACAGUGUCACCGGGUCUGCCGUUUCCAAAACUGUGUGCAAGGCCACCACACACGAGAUUAUGGGUCCGAAGAAAAAACAUUUGGACUACCUGAUCCAGUGCACCAAUGAGAUGAAUGUUAACAUCCCACAUCUGGCCGACACAUUUUUUGAGAGGACUACAAAUGGCAGCUGGGUGGUGGUCUUUAAAGCUCUCAUCGCAACACACCAUCUGAUGGUUUACGGCAAUGAGAGGUUUAUCCAGUACCUGGCUUCAAGGAAUACAUUAUUCAACUUGAGUAAUUUUUUAGACAAAAGUGGGUUACAAGGCUACGACAUGUCUACGUUUAUCAGGCGGUAUAGCAGAUACCUGAAUGAUAAAGCAGUUUCAUACAGACAAGUUGCUUUUGACUUUACAAAGGUGAAAAGAGGAGCUGAUGGGGUGAUGAGAACUAUGAACACAGAAAAACUGCUAAAAACAAUACCAAUAAUCCAAAAUCAGAUGGACACACUGCUAGACUUCAAUGUCAAUGCCAAUGAACUCACAAAUGGGGUGGUCAAUGCAGCCUUCAUGCUCCUGUUCAAAGAUGCCAUUAGACUGUUUGCUGCUUAUAAUGAAGGAAUUAUUAACCUGCUGGAAAAAUAUUUCGAUAUGAAGAAAAUCCAAUGCAAAGAGGGGCUUGACAUCUACAAGAAAUUCCUCACCAGAAUGACCAGGAUCUCAGAAUUCCUGAAAGUCGCUGAACAAGUUGGGAUUGAUAAGGGAGACAUACCAGACCUUUCUCAGGCACCUAGCAGCCUUCUCGAAGCUUUAGAACAGCACUUGGCUUCUUUAGAAGGGAAAAAGGUCAAAGAUUCCACAGCUGCAAGCAGGGCCAGCACUCUCUCAAAUGCUGUCUCAUCACUUGCAAAUACCGGCAUAUCUUUCACCAAAGUGGACGAAAGGGAAAAACAAGUGGCCCUGGAGGAAGAGCAGGCACGCUUAAAAGCACUGAAGGAACAGAGGCUGAAGGAAAUGGCUAAGAAAGGUCCAUCCUCCUCUGCCACAACAGCAGCCUCUCCUGUCUUGACCACCGGAGGGGGUAUCUGUACAACGCCCGCUAUAGACCUCUUCUCAACUCCCAGCUCCACAAACAGCUCCUCAAGGAUGCCAAAUGACUUGCUUGAUUUGCAGCCAGCAUUUCAAACAUCAAUGCAUCCGAUCGCAACUGUACCAGGAGCGAAUACAUGGGGAGAUCCUUUUACUUCUACUGAUGCUGUUGAUGACUCCAUUCCAAACUUAAACCCUUUCCUUACACAACCUGUUGUCGAAGCCUCUGUUGUGUCUUCAGACGCUGUUAGUUUUUCUUCUAGGACACCCAGUCAUGAAAUGUUUGGUGAUCAUUUCAAUCCCUUUAUUGAUUCAAGCUCCUCUGUUGCAACACAUUAUGAACACACAGUUCGGAUAGAGCAAUUUAUAUCAGAUUCCUUUUGUGGUCCACCAGCUUACCCUAGUGCUUCCCUCUUCCACACUGAGCCCUCUGCUGUAGCUGGUCUAUUUGGAGGGUUCACUCAGUCUCCAGCUCCUCAGCCACAGACCUCAGCAGGCCUUAACGUUGACUUUGAUUCAGUGUUUGGCAAUAAAUCAUCUUCUGCUAAUAACCUAGAUGCUGGUGAUGUUUUAGGUGGAAUCCUGAAACCAACAGUGACUUCUCAAAACCAGAGUCUGCCUAUUUCCAAGCAGCAGGCUGGCAUAUUAGUGUCUGACGAUUUGGAUUCAUCGCUCGCCAACCUCGUAGGCAGUAUGUAUUGUAUUGUAUUGUAUUGUAUUGUAUUGUAUUGUAUUGUAUUGUAUUGCAUCUCUCUCUCUCUCAAAAAUAUAUUCUUUUUGCUGGUCUUACGGGGCAGUGUGUGUAUAUAUACUGUGGUAGUCUUGGGGUUUAAAAUGUUUGGUCUGGGCUGUCUGUGUGAAGACCAAAGUCCUGUGUGGAAUAAGAAACUGGAACUGAAAAAGGUUUAGUUUAGCAAUCCAGUGGGAGUUUUGGUUUUUGUUUUAUUUAGUUUUGUGUUUUAAUAAAAGUGCACAACCGUAUGAGGAAAUAUCAAUGUUUAUGUCCAAAACAAAUGGGAGGAUCAGCUGUUCAAUCCUCGCCGCCUGUGCACAGCAAAAUAUAAAGAGUGCUUUAUUAAGUGGUAAAAGACCACGCUUCGUGGAAAGCUAGGUUUUGUAUAUUUCUUGAGUCUGGUGUAAAAAAAGCCCCAGCAGAUGGCUCAAAAACUAGAAAGAGCCUUUUGUGUAAAGAGCAGCCGUGAGAUCAAACCAGGAUUUGAAACUUCCACUCUCAGUGCUUUGGAACUGUCUUUGUUUAGGUAUGUUAUUGAAAUGACCAGUAUAAUUGUAUAAUGGAUCCCCUUGCUUAUUUUAAGGACUAGGGGUGAGAUGAUACACCAAGGUGACGAUACGAUUCGUAUCAUGAUACACAAGCCACAAUGUGAUUCAUAUCACGAUACACAAGCCAUGAUACGAAUCAUAUCACGAUACACAAGCCAUGAUACGAAUCAUAUCACGAUACUUAUGAAAAAAUCUCUGCUUGACAGACAGAUUCAGUUGAAAAUCAAUUACUGUAAAAACCU